GGACGCUGGGCAAGCCACGGCAGAGUGGAAGAUUCUUAUAGGCAGCAAGCCACCACUAAAGGAGAAAAUAGUGGGGGUGGGGGGUUGUGGAAGGUGUGACGCGCGCGCGUGCACUGGGACGUGAUGAUGGUCUUCUCACCAACUCCCCACCAACAUAUCUAGGUAACAUUCUCCCAAGCAGAGCCGUCCUCGACGACGUCUUUGACCAUCACACCAUGUCCCCCCAGCUCAACAUAUGGCUAGCCAUUCUACCGCGUGAGCAUUCUAUAUAUAAUCGUCAUCGCACUUGACUUGCUCAAUCAAGCGAACCCCGUGCUCUUGGAGAAGUCCACUGCUCUCUAGCACCCUGCACACAUCCGACUCACUUUGACUGAUUGCCAUGCCUUCUACGGCCUCGGAUCCGUUAAGCCAAGAUGGCGUCAAAUCCAUAUCUGCGCUUCUGGCAGGCGUCGGCGUGCCCUCAAUCCUAUGGGGCGAAUACCUUCUCACUGUGUACGGCGUACCAACCAUAGUCGGCGGUAUUGAUUUCGUUGUUCCAGACGAUAAAAUGCUACUUGCAGUCGCUACCCUGAAACGCUCACAUCUUCGCCCAUGCCCAGAUCUUGAUGCUUGUAUCGUGUCAGGGGAUAGAAGCCCGUUCCCAUCACCCGCUUUUCACAUGCACAUCCCAGGCUCCGAAAUUGAUGUGUCACUACGACUACAUUCGGAAACACUUUGGUUUAUACCGCCGCCAGACAAGCCCCCCAGUUCCAAGAGGGAAAUUGGUGCUGCAUCGAGCCCUUACUACCUAGAGGCGUCUUCUCCAGAACUGCCCCCGUGGCGUCCUGGGCGCGGCCAAGGCGCGUUCUCAUCACAUGGAUCACCUGUGCUUGUUCCCCGAGCACAUGUCUUGCUUGAGGCGUUUAUUCGGCUAGCAAGUGCCUUUCGGGAAGGCCAUUGCAACUACUUCCUCCAAAUGGUUACAUACAUGGCAGAAUACCCCUUUGAUGAUGGCUUGGUCAAUAUUGAUCUUCUUUCUAAACCCUGUCGGACCUUCUGGGACAAACUUGAGGAAGCAAAGCUCCCGGUCCGGCAACUAGUGGGUGAGCUUCAACGCGACCUGGGUGACGCAUAGAUAGGCGACGGGACUUUUCAUCGAAGUACAAGAGAAGCACCCAACGCAGGACAUAGCUUGAUAAUUCCGAUGCCCCCCCCCCCCCCCCCGGCGCUGUUGGUGAAUUUGCUUUCACGUUUUCUUCUAUGGGCUAGGAUGGCAAGCUACGGUGGCGCGUGUAAUAAGCUAUAUUGAAAAUCUCCGCCGAGCAUUGAAACAGUUCUCGGACAAUCCGAGCUUGUGCCCAAUUAUGGCGCCGAGGAGUUAAUGGAUGUAUCUGUCCCUAAUACCCAUAACUGCACACCUACCACCGGCAAGUCUUAGUUACCAAUCCGAAGAAUACUUGUUUACCAUGCUGUCCAUCUUUCCCAAACGAUCUAAAAAAAAAAAAAAAGGCCGCGAUAUAUAUGAAACUCAUUCAGGACUGGUACAAACUUGACUCUGUUGAAAGUGUAGGUGGUAAAGGAGUCACUUUAUGUAUACGGUACGGGUCAAGGGGCACGAAGAGUCACGAAGGUACUGUUCAUGUAUAUAAGGCGGCCUUCCCACCUCACUCAGAUCAAGUAGUUCAGUUGAAUGUAACCCUCAUAUACCUUCCAUUUCAGC